AUGGCAGGGGCACCAGGAGUUACCGAAGCUGCGUUGAAAGAGAAACUCGCCGCUUCACUAGGAGCUAUACAUGUCGAAAUCGAGGACAUGUCUGGCGGCUGCGGACAAGCCUACUCAGCCAUCAUUGUGUCGCCCCAAUUUGAGAAGAAGACGACGCUGGCUAGACAUCGAUUGGUCAACACGGCGCUAAAGGCAGAGGUUGCGGCUAUUCAUGCCUGGACGCCGAAGUGUUAUACGCCGGAGCAAUGGGAGACUUUGAGGGCCGAGGGAAAAGUGGAAAUUGCGACGGCGACGGGGAAGGAGACGAAUGGAGAGGUGGUUACGGAGACGAGAGCCUGA